CUUUUUUUUUUUUUUUCCGAACUGAGAUGAACGCUUUACCGGCAUAGGGAUGGGGCCGUGAUUGGUGGAGAUUGCGGGGGCCUCAUUAUCCCUGGUGCUAUGAUAUCCAUAGCUCCACGAGACGCAGGAAAGGCCUGAUUGCAGUUUCCUCCUAACCUACAGGGUAAAUUCAGUAAUUACAACAUUCCUCAUCGGGGCUUUAACACCAAGGUUGCUGAUUCUGAACCAUAUCGGUUGUUAAAUAUAAUGGGCUCGCGCAAACGCUUAGAAGGACGCCCUUCCUGUCGAUGCUUAUGUCACUCAGUCUGCAUACCUCAUGACUGUCCCACUCGCCAGAGACGGAGGGAUGACCCAAUGGGUCCUAGUGGAGAAGGCAGCGGCCCCGGGCAAAAGACUUCUGCUAUCGUCUUGCGAAACGUUCUACAAGCGUUCCUGGAUUUGUGACCGCAACGGUAAUGUAGCUAGCGUCAUUACUCAUGGUAUCGCAAGUGUGUAUACCGACUCGAGGUAUCGUGGACGUGGCUACGCGUCUCGUUUGAUGAACGAGUUGGCGCGCGUUCUACCGACCUGGCAGAUCGAUCAAAGCGAGCAAGUGAAGUGUGUAGCUAGUGUUCUAUUCUCGGAUAUCGGAAGAGGAUAUUACAGGAGACUCGGAUGGCAUCCGUUUCUCGACAAGCUCUGGCUACGCGGACCCCUGAGAGUAGCAAGACCAAGUUUAUGAUCGUUCCGGACCACGCGCACAUGCUUUGGCAUCAUAGCAACGAGGAGUUCGUGACCCAGACACUGUUUCACAAGAAGCCGCAGGCCAAAG